AGAAGAAGCGGGCCAAACAGAAUGACAGCGCGGGUAGUUGCAUAGAGAAAGGGGAUACAGUUACCAGCGUGGAUCUUGAGACGGUCGAAGUUACAUUGGUCAAUCUCAACCCAUUCAAACCCAUUUGGGUGCCUCAUGAUCUAACUUUUCUCAUAGAUGCGACUCAGAAGUACCGUAUGUGGAAUGGUAAUACUGCCGCCAUCCAUUUUUGCAUAUGCCUGGACGUCUCAAAUGCAUACUCAUAUCGCGGGUCCACUUCAUCUACAGCAGUACAAUAUCGUAUAUUGUCGACGCUAACACCGGUCGCUCUACUGCUGCCUACGCUUCAUCUGGACAGGUUUACUCAUAAUUAUGGAUCUGACGAUCUUAAUGGUCAUCUGGAAAGGAAAGGCUUGGAGAGAAGAGGCAGAAAGAAUAGAGCUCGCAACGAGUGCAAGGAGACCUCCCACAGAUGCUUAGAGGAAUGGACACCGCAAGAUAAGAACCGAUGUUUUGAAGAAAUUAUGCCUCAACAGAAUUGUACUUCAAUUUGCAACACGAAUUGUUUCUUUAUCACCACUCAUUCAUCCUGUAGCAUAGUAGACGGACAUAAACUCUGGCGAGCCAGUUGCGCGGUGGGGGCCGCCGGCGCCUUUGGACCUAACCAUGUCUUGCGAGAUUCCUUACCGGUUGUUCCCUUCGCGCUGAGCCAGUAUGAGGAUGAGGAGCUGUUGUGGAUAAUGGCGUACCCACUAGAGAAUGAGACCGACCCAAGACGACUUGCUCGUGAGGUCAUUCGUGCCAUGAUGGGGACCACUUAG